AUGGCUCUUGCCAAACUUACUGCUGCUCUCUUGCUUUUCGGAGAGGCUUCGGCCCUCCAAUUGCCCCUUGGGCACCAGCCGCAGCACCAGGCUCCUGUCGGUGUAGCUGGACGGGAACUGGUUGACUCCGCAUCGCUGCAAAAGACGAUUCACGCAGACAACCUGCUCAGCAGAGCCAAAGAGCUCUACCACAUUGCCGAGUCGAGUAUCGAUGAAUUCGGCCAUCCUACACGAGUCAUCGGCAGUCCAGGCCACCGCGGAACCCUCAAGUACAUCUACGACACAAUCGACGCUCUGGGCGAUUACUACAAUCUGUCGACGCAGGAUUUCCCCGCCGUCACAGGCAACGUGAAAGAAUCCCGUCUCGUCAUCGGCCGUGAUGUGCCCGAGUCUGCUCAGCCCAUGGCUUUGACGCCCCCGACCAAAGACCACGAGCCUGUGUACGGUCCUCUUGCCCUCGUGUCCAACUUUGGAUGCGAGAAAUCAGACUACCCGACCGAUCUCACCGGGCAGAUUGCAUUCAUCAGCCGUGGUACCUGUCCGUUCGGUACCAAGUCUGAGUUGGCUGGACGAGCCGGCGCCCUCGCUGCUGUCAUCUACAAUAACGAGGAAGGUGACUUUGGCGGUACCCUGGGUACACCCUCUCCGUACCAUGUGGCUAGCUUUGGUAUUUCCAAGGCUGAUGCCGCGCCGUACCUCAAGCAGCUCAAGAACGGAGACAAGGUCGAUGCUAUUGCCUUUAUGGACGCGACCGUCGAGUCCAUCACCACUACCAACGUCAUCGCCCAAACCACCGAAGGUGACCCCGAAAACUGCGUGAUGCUGGGUGGUCACAGUGACAGUGUCGAGGCUGGCCCUGGUAUCAACGACGACGGAUCCGGUUCCCUCAGUCUGCUGGAGGUUGCUACCCAACUGACCAACUACCGUGUCAACAACUGCGUGCGUUUCGCCUGGUGGGCGGGUGAAGAAGAAGGUCUCCUCGGUUCGGACUACUACGUUUCUGUCCUCCCCGAGGAUGAGAACCUGAAGAUCCGUCUCUUCAUGGACUAUGACAUGAUGGCUGGCCCCAACUUCGCGUACCAAAUCUACAAUGCCACCAAUGCUGCCAACCCUGUUGGAUCGGAGGAGUUGCGUGACUUGUACAUUGAUUUCUACGAGUCCAACGGACUGAACUACACUUUCAUUCCCUUUGACGGACGAAGCGACUACGAUGGAUUCAUCAAGAACGGUAUCCCCGGUGGUGGCAUCGCAACCGGUGCCGAGGUGAUCAAGACCAAGGAGGAGGAGGAAAUGUUUGGCGGCAAGGCUGGCGUUGCGUUUGACCCGUGCUACCACCAGCUGUGUGACGACGUGGGCAAUGUCAACCUGACUGCCUGGGAAUGGAGCACAAAGCUUAUUUCCCACUCCGUCGCCACCUACGCCGUGUCUUUUGAUGGCUUCCCUGAGCGAACUGGCGUCAAAAGCCAGGCAUUCGACGCUACGCCCAGCAAAUACCACGGCCACGCUUUGCAGAUGUAG